CGGCUGGCGGCAGCGGCGGCGCAGCCAGCGGGCGGCUGCGGCGCACAGCCUGUCGGCUGACGGCGUCCGUCGACAUGAAAGCCGCAACUGUCACCCAGGGCGUCCAACACGGAGCAGGACAUCCAAAGCGUCGUAUCCAGUCCCUUGCAAACUGAGGACGAGCGGAGAGCACGUGAUUUACUAUGAGGUUCUCCAACAUUUCGGCGGCGCUGAGCACGUGCGGCGAGUUGCACGACAACACCACGCUGCCCUACUUCCAAUGCCUCUGCUCGGGCCUGGUGGAUAAGUACGUCGUCCGUGCCAAGUACUUCUUCUGCAAGAAAGCCGGCGAGCUUGAAAAGGAGGCCUCGGCCGAGACCACGCGGCAGGUCGGCGCGACUAUCGGCAUCAUCCUGGCCGUCUGCGCGCUGCUGGCCAUCCUCAUCUUCGUGUACAGGCGGUUCAAGCCCCAGAUUCUUGCGAAGACUCGGGCGGCAUUCUCUCACUGUGGCAUGAAGAACCACUACGACUCAUGCACCCGGAUGUUCUGCGUUUGCUGCCAGAAGCACUCAACCAAAGACUCGGUAACCACUGACCCGAGGGCUGUACAACGAACGCGCCUAUAA